GGUUUCUAUCGCAAUCUGCUGACGUCCAACGUUGCCAUGGGAGCGGAUGUCAAGGACUCUGCAAAUGCCACAGACACCGCAUCCGAGCCGACAAUCGCUGAUAAAGCCAGAGCUGAAAGUGCAUCCGCUAUGUCUGAGCCAGCAGACGCAUCAGACGGCCCAAGCGAACAACGCAGUGGGAGGCAGAGCCCAGCACCACAUGGUGGGGGUAAUCAUGGCAACCCCACACACGGACAGGGCAGAGACACACAUACAGGCGCCAGCACACGUACACAUAGAGCCAACCCAGAUGAGAGAAGUCCACGCGCACCGGAGCGCACCCGAGAGCGUACUCGGGAGUCUAGCAGGUCGCGUGUUGGCGAUGGUGGGGGUCGGCGCCGGAGUCGAAGUGGGAGCAGGAGUAGAAGGAGGAGUAGGAGCAGGAGUAGGAACAGAGACAGGCGGACAGACAGGCACACAUCUGACAGACACGAGCGGAGGGAAAGGAGCCACAGAGUCGACAGAGACGAAAACACGCACACUGACAACAAACACGGGACACACACAACUCAAGACACAAGAGGGCGUGAUAGUGCUAACACAAGCACGAGCAAAAGCUCAGUUGCCCCUGUCAACGAUGUUGUUACUCCUAGCAACGGUCGCGAAGGGGCUCAGGAGGCAGCAGCGAAGGCCAAGGCUGUCAUGUCAAGCAAACGCAACACAGAGGAUAGAAUAGCAAUGGCUAAGGCAAAGGCGCUCGCCAGAAAGCAACGCGGCACAAAGCGCGCAGAUGUGGGUAUGCAGGAAGACUGAUCUAGUUGGCUGUGAACUAGGAAAGCUCGGAUUAACAGAGUGUUUCCAUUGGUGGAUUGUAGGUUAUAAGAGUGCUUCCAUUGGUUGAUUGAAGUUCAUUUGACAGAGGAACUGGAUAUGAUAAAUGUGACAUACGAUCAACCAAAUGAAUGAGAGUGCCAUCUUCAUUGCCUACAACUAUCCGCUUACCAAACGGAUGCAUAGCGGAAGAGUUCUAAAAAUAGAUUUGGCGUAUAAUUUAUGUGAAACGAAAUAUUUAAAAGGAGCGAGAGAAAGAGGGGAGGUGGGGACUAGUAUUCCAAUCCGGGAUUAAUGCCUAUAAAUGGGGCAAAAACAUCAAAGAUCAAGCAAGGGCUAUAAAUGGGGAGAAAAUAUUGAAGAUUAAGGCCUAUUAAUGAUAAAU